AUGUUUCCCGUCACCGACCGAAGAAGCUCGUGCCUUGAGCGGCUUAAUCCGACGCCUCGUCCAACGACGUCACCAUUCUUGGAGGGUCAGUGGAGUUUCGAAUGGUUUGGGUCUGGAAGCCCAGGUUUAUUUGCUGCCAAAUUCAUAUCCGAGAGAUUUCCCUCAAAUUUGGCUAACUUGUCGAAAAUGGAUAUGGUGAUCAAGGAUGGAUAUGCAAGAGUUACGACAAACAUGAGAGUUUUGAACUCAAUAGAAACCAAGUUUACUCUGUCAACAAAAUUGAUUAUUGAUGGACCACUUCGAAUGAGAGAGGAAUACACAGGAGGGGUUUUUGAGACACCAAAGGUUAUUGAAGAAACGGUGCUAGAACAGGUUAAAGGUGCACUUGGUCAGGUAGCAAACACAAUACAUCACCUUCCUGUACCUGUUAGGGAUGCUUUCACUGGUGGUCUGAGAGUUCCUUUGAUGUUUGGUAAGAUAUUUCUUGUUCUUUGUCCUGGAAAUAACUACUGUAUGGGACAGAACCCUGUCCUUUCAGUUCUUACUUUGUUUACUAGUAAUGUCUUCUAUCAUGGUUUUUCUGGAUGUCAAAAUGUGAAGCAAGAGAUGAGUUGCGACAGUGGAGGCUUGCAGGCAAAUGGUUGCGACAGUGGGGACGCACUAGCGAGGGUCGUGCCGGCGAUGGAGUUGCGGUUGUGGGAGAGCAAAGGUGGGGCUGAAGGCGAUGAGGACGACAUCGUGGUUCCCCUGAUUGAUCUUCUUUUGCAGUGUAAGGGUGAGUAA